AUGCCUGUAGCUUUUGACAAACCGCGUCCUCUCGACUUGAAGUUUAUGGACCCUACACUUAGGAUGUUUCGUUCGACCCCAGCUCUUGGCAACAAAGAGUACUUAGCUUGGCUUAACAAAGUCCAGGCGAAGAAGCAACAAAGAUGGGAAGAAUUGGGCAUCUUCGACGCCAUACAAUUAUCCAGAACUGGUCAUAGGGUUUGUCCUCCUAUGCUGCUUGCUUCGAUAUUUUUUUGGGAAGGUUCGACCAACACCUUUCACCUUCCUUGUGGGAUGAUGACUCCCACUCUCUUCGACGUGGCUGCUAUCACAGGGCUUUCACCUUUGGGUGAGCUCUUCGACCCAACUCUUCCAACAGAAAUGAAUUUCAACUUCACCAACGCUACCAUUACCAAAUAUAUGCAAGAUCAUUAUGACAAGUCGACAGAAGAAGUCUCUGACGAAGAGCAUGUUGCCUUCCUCACCUAUUGGCUUUCAUACUAUCUGUUUUGUCCAGGAUCAGUUCAGAUUGCUAAGGAUUACAUACCCUUGGCCAUCCAAAUUCAUGAAGGUCGAAAUGUCACUUUAGGUAAGCUUCUCCUUGCUUAUCUUUACCAUACCUUAGGUAUAGCGUCUUUAAGGAUCAAACGCCUGCAUGAAACUCCAAAACAACUCUCUCUGUCGGGACCUUAUUGGCUCUUGCAACACUGGUUGAAUGCGACCUUUGAGUCACAUAUUGGUUAUACUGUUUCUAGGUCCAUUCUAGAGGUCAUGUAUGACCGGAGGAUCGAAGGCAUCAAACUUGCCUUUCAAACUCCUCAAGAUGAGUCUAACAGGCCCAACCUCCUCAAAUAUGUGAGGUUGUUUUCUGAGUGUAAAACAUUCAAUGCUUCCAUGGCCCCUUUCUCCAAUCGAUGCUUUGGGCCUACUUGGUUUAAAGCUGUUUUCCUUGGGAACACUCCAACCCUUCGAGCUCAAUUGAAUGCUAUUUGGGCUGCUUUUCUGACCCCAACGCUUCUCUCUCAUCGCAUUGAGUCGACCGGUAAGUGUUAUGGGUUUGUAAGUUAUCAACCAAAUUUGGUCUCUCGACAAUUUGGUUUGAGUCAAAUGCUGCCCAAAAGCUUGUAUUCCCAUGAUGGUGACAUUUGUUACUCCGGUCGACCGUUCACAGCUCGUCAACAUCUCGACUGCUUACAGUUUCAUAACAAACAAUCUUUGGAACAUCCAACUUUUACUUUUCAAAACUCUUACUUCACAACUAAAGAAUUCAGCGAGUGGUGGUCUGAAUAUUACCAGCUGUUUGAUGGAGAUUCUUUCAUUAAGAAACUGAAUACUGCGUUCGACAAAUUGGAGGAUCAACUUACCAUAAGUAAGUAUUUUAUGUCUACUUUCGUUUUCUUUAUUACCAAUGGCAGUGUUCUAAUCUCAAUUUUAGACCUUUCAGGACCUGAUCCUACUGCUCAAGUCGAAGUCCCUGCUCCUAAACCAAAUCGAUGCUCUUAA